AUGCGCGGACGUGGAGGUGGAAGGGGAGGCUCUCGCGGAAACAAGGCGCCCUCGGCGCCUUGGAGCCGUCUGAAGCCCGUCGAGCUUGACCCCCUCGAAGUCUUUGGUCUACCCUCGAAAGGUGACAACAGACUCCUUGAUCACAAAACUCAGGAACGGUAUUAUACCAAGAUCGUUGAGCGCUACAUGACCUUCUGCUCCGAUGCUGGAGAGCGCGACGAGCUACUGCGGCGCUUUGCCUCCCUCGAGGUAGGAUCUCAGCAGGGCUCCUCUCCGAAUAACAGCACAGCACCGCAGUCACAUGCCAUCACCGCAUCGCAGCACCCUGGUGCCCGACCACACCCUAUACACGCAGCCAGCGCACCUGCUGGUGUGCCCACGACAUCUCCCGCAACACCGACCAAUAGUAAGGGGCUGUCUGAUGUCCUUUCAGCGCUUAGAAAGCUCCGCGAAGGUAUCGUCGCCUCUAAACGCACCGACGACUUCGCCAUUCAAGCCUACCUCUUCUGCAUCCGCCUGGCUGUGCUCGUAAAGCACCCGGAGACCUACCAUCCAUCCAUCUUACACUUGCUGCGCCGGAUACACCCUCGACAACCGAUGACCAGCGUCGAGAUGAGCGAGGUUGUUGGCUACCUGGUCCUUGACACCGCUUGCCGCCGCAACGAUCUAGCCGAUGCCUAUGCCGUGCGCCACCGCUACAAGCUCAGGGAUGCCAAGAUUGAUGGGGUGCUCGAUGCGCUGGCACAUGACAACUAUGUUCUUCUAAAGCGGCUGCGCUUGGGUGUGGACGGGCACAAGGCAAAGUUGCUGGAGUAUGCCGAGGAACCCAUGCGAAGACAUGCGCUAAAGUGCUUUGGGCGGUCUUACCUAAGCGUGGACCUUGAGUUUCUAGAGCAAUGUGCCGACUCCAACUGGAUGGACCUCAUCAGCAAUGAAAGGGUUGGCUGGGAGUUGGAGGGUAGCAAGGUGGUCAUUCGAAAGGUCAGGGGCAGAUGA